AUGAAUAACGAAGAAUUUCAAGAACUAACGGUGUUUACCACCAAGACCAAUGGACCUCUAGAAUUGUUAACAAAAUUGUUAUCCUGGAAGAAGACAAAACGAGUGAUGGCCUAUUGCAAAAGGUUCAUAGACAAUUGCAGAUCCAGGAAUGCGACCGAGUUACCAAAAAAGCGAGUACCCCCAUUCAUCACACCUACCGAACUUCAAUGGGCGAAAACAACACUCAUAAAAUUGGUCCAGAAUGAACAUUUUCAAGAGGAAUUAACCAGAUUAAACAACAAUCUAACUAUCAAAAGGACUGAUCACCUUAAAAACUUGGACCCCUACAUAGACGAAGAGGAAGUGCUUCGUGCUGGAGGUAGACUACAAAACUCAUCACUGAGCUUCAACCAAAGACACCCAAUAAUUCUACCAACAAAAUGCCAACUGACUGACAUAAUUAUCCGAAACGCACACUACGAAACCCUGCAUGGAGGAACACAACUGACAUUAAGUCAAGUUAGACAAGAAUACUGGAUACCACAUGGAAAAAAUAAAAUCAAACACAUAAUAAGAAGUUGUGUUAUAUGCACUCGAUAUCGUUCCACUCCAUGUGUCCAGAAAAUGGGAAAUCUACCGAGAGAAAGAGUUAAUCCCUCCCACCCAUUCACUAAUGUUGGGAUAGACUAUGCUGGCCCGAUACAAAUGAGAUUAUCCAGAGGUAGAGGAUCCAAAUCCUUCAAGGGAUACAUCUCCAUUUUCGUCUGUCUCGCAACAAAGGCAAUACAUCUGGAAGCAGUAAGUGACUUUUCUACAGAAGCAUUCAUGGCUGCCUUCAGAAGAUUCACCUCGCGAUGUGGGUCAUGCUCUGCAAUAUUCAGUGACAAUGGAACCAAUUUCAUCGGAGCUAAACGUAUACUUGACAAAGAAUAUCAAGAAGCCAUUAAUGAAAGUUCAAUAGAGAAGGCAUUAGCAGAAAAAUCGAUAAAAUGGCACCGCAUACCACCUGGCAGCCCUCAUUUCGGCGGACUAUGGGAAGCUGGCGUAAAAUCUAUGAAGUUUCACCUACGAAGAAUUGUUGGAGACCACAAACUGACAUUUGAAGAAAUGAGUACACUCCUAUGUCAAAAAGAAGCAUGCCCCAACUCUCGCCCUCUUAUCCCAAUCACCGAAAAUCCACAAGAAUUAGAUGUGCUGACGCCUGGACAUUUUCUCAUAGGAAAAUCACUACAUUCAAUCCCUGAACCAGAGAUCAAUGAAAAGAAUAUCACCCUACAAGAUAGAUGGAGGCUUAUACAAAAAAUGAAACAAGACUUCUGGAAGAAAUUGACAUCGGAAUAUCUCUCCAGAUUGCAACAAAUGAGCAAAUGGACGGAUAAAAAAAAAAACAUGAAAAUAGGAGAUAUCGUACUUGUCAAACAGGACAACAUUUAUCCCAACUAUUGGCCCUUGGGAAGAGUGACGCAGUGUCACCCAGGAAACGACGGAUUUGUGAGAGUGGCUACGAUACGAUGCAAAGAUGUGAAACAGACCGAACAAUAUCAAUCAAACAGUUUGGAAAUUGGUUAG